GUCAGGUCGGGGAGCCGGUCGGGUUCCCGCUCGCUGCUGCCGCUGCCGCCGCCCCCCGCAACGACUCUCCCGCCUCGCCGGCCGUGGGAGCCGCAUCGCCGACGCUGCUCGGCCGUGGAGCCGCCAGCCCGGGAGUACAGAGCCCGCGGCGCGACACGCCGAGCCCCCCAUAUUCUCUAGCUGGGGCGAACCCUCCGGGGUCCGCCCUCGCCCUGCGCGGCCGCCGGAGCCCCCGGCCCCGAGCGGCGCCACGUUCCGGUGUCCGCACUCCGGCCCCUUCUACUCCCGCAGCCGCCGCCCCCCGCCCUGAACAUGGACUCCGACUCCUGCGCCGCCGCCUUCCACCCUGAGGAGUACUCCCCCAGCUACAAGAGGCGCAGGACCGUGGAGGAUUUCAACAAAUUCUGCACCUUUGUCCUGGCUUACGCCGGCUACAUCCCUUAUCCAAAAGAGGAGCUGCCUUUGCGGAGCAGCCCCAGCCCUGCCAACAGUACCGCUGGCACCAUUGACAGCGAUGGCUGGGACGCAUCAUUCCCCGACAUUGCGUCCUCCAUGCCCCUGCCUGUCUCUGACCGCUGCUUUAGCCACCUGCAGCCCACCCUCUUACAGCGGGCCAAGCCCAGUAACUUCCUCCUGGAUAGAAAGAAAACUGACAAGCUGAAGAAGAAGAAGAAGAGGAAGCGGAGGGAUAGUGAUGUGCCUGUCAAAGAGGGAUACAUGGGGAGCUUGCUGAAGCUGGAAGCUGCCGACCCAUACGUAGAGACCCCCACGAGCCCCACCCUUCAGGAUAUCCCCCAGGCCCCCAGCGACCCUAGCUCGGGCUGGGACUCCGACACACCCUCGAGUGGCUCUUGUGCUACAGUGUCACCCGAUCAGGUCAAAGAAAUAAAGACUGAAGGCAAACGGACUAUCAUCCGGCAGGGAAAGCAGGUGGUGUUCCGGGACGAGGACAGCACUGGCAAUGAUGAGGACAUCAUGGUGGAUUCGGAUGAUGAUUCCUGGGACCUCGUCACUUGCUUCUGCAUGAAGCCAUUUGCCGGCCGCCCCAUGAUCGAGUGUAACGAGUGCCACACCUGGAUCCACUUGUCCUGUGCGAAAAUCCGGAAAUCCAACGUUCCGGAAGUGUUUGUCUGCCAAAAGUGCCGGGACUCCAAGUUUGACAUCCGCCGUUCCAACCGUUCCCGAAUGGGCUCCCGGAAGCUGUUUCUGGACUGACUGCUGGCGCGUGAGGAGACUGGGCGAGGAAUUGGAAGGGACUGUGGGCUUUCUGGCCCCUUUCUUAGUUGAGCACAGAACUUUCAGCUCUGGUGCAGGCAGACCUCUGCCAUCCAGGUGCCUAAGCAAAGGUCAGGUUGUUCAAGGUCUAAAUUGUACAUAGCCAGUGACCGAAUAAAAUCUUCGUUGGCCAAAGCUGCUGCUAGAGCUGUGUUCUCUGCAGUGGAGGUAGACUGAACACCCAGGCUCAGUGGGGUUUGGGUCAGCGGAAAAUGAGGGUACAUGGUGUUGUGAACUUUUGAUAUCAUUGUUAACAAAUUCCUGCCGAUUGGAACAAGUGCUAGCUGUUAUUUCCUGCUUCUGCUUUGUUGGGGAGAAGAGGUCUUCAGUUUCCCCGGCCUGUUAUGUGAACAGCCAUAUGUGUAAGCUUUUUCUUGAGUGUGAGUCUUUUACCAUAAGUGUCUGUACAGCAACCAUAAAAGACCCUUUCCCUGGUGGUCCACCCUCUCUCCCUGCCUCAACCACCACAGGGUUUGCUAGCCCAAGUCCUCUGGUCUUGCUGUGAGGACCCCUGGGGUGGCGGGCUAACUAAUGAUUCCUGGGUUUUUUCCUGUUUGUUAAAAGGGACAGUAUGUGGCCACUUUUCUGUGGAAAGGGGGUUGGUUGGGGGGUUGAGGUGGCCUGUGUUCAUAACGCAGUUUCCUAUUUUGCACGAUGUAAAAAACCUGUCCUUAUUGCACGAUACAGCCAAUAGUGUUGGCCGAGUUCUUGCUAGGUGCCCUUUUUCUCCGGUUCGUGUUUGAGGUACUGGCGGGGCCCAGGCAAGCUGUUUUCAAGCGUGAGAGCAGUUAAGUUCUCUCCUCAUCAUCUCUUCCCCUCACCUUAUUCCAAUGGCAGCAUGAAGGCAAGGCAAUCACUGGGACAUUCGUGUGUUCCUCUAAGUAAUGGGGUAAAGAAAGACGGAGGAGAGACCUCUCCUGUGGGUAGUUUUUAGGAUGCCCUUCAUCCAGGCUGGGCCUGCUGGUUCCAUGGGGCAAGGUUAGGACUUGGAUCCUGUUUUUGGUUUGAAUUGGUGAGUGAUAUGAUGCCAUUGGCCCUCCCUCAGGAAUCUUCCACUGAACUGCACAGAGUUCCUUAGGUCAAACCAGGAUCCUGGAUUAGGGAGGCCCCUGUGUGAGUCAGCUGUGGGGAAGCCAGGGAGCUUGUUCCUGGAGCCCUGCGGAGGAGGGUAGUGCACCUGAACCCUGGGGGUUCUGGGCUCAGAGUGAGAAGGGGUUCCAGCUUUUUCCGUCAUUGACCUUGUUCUCAGCAGUUCAAAUACUUGUUCUCAAAAUGUUUUUUGUAAAUUGGUGGGUGUGUUCUCAUAGUAUUGUUUCCUGUUAGGCACAAAAAGGAAGAAAGUCCACGUUGGUCAUAUUUAUUUGCAGCCAGGAUGGGCCUCCAGUCUCCCUGGUGGCUGCUUCCCGUCCUUGCGGCAGGUGCCCCAGGCAGGUCUACCAGGAGACCCCUCCAUGUUCUCUCAAAGAAGCACCCAGGUGGUUGAACCCUAAUGUGACUCAUUAGAGCCCAGUUUUUGUCCUAGUCUCUUUCACGCUCGUCCAAGCCGUCGUCUUUUUAAAAAUUCUGUUGCUUAUACACAAAAGUAGAAAUAGUUUCUGAAACCCAGUUUAUUGCGACAGUCCCCAAGGGAGAAGUUCUGCUGUGGGGGAAAACAGUCAAAACUGGUUUCGAGACAAACUUCACCUCAGACAGCUGUGUGACUGACUAGGGCUGUGUGACUGACUAGGGCAGACGGCCAGGACAUGGUGGAGAGGAAUUUGCCAAAGAUCUGCCCAAUGACAUGGUCCGUCCAUCGUCUUCACCAUGAGAAUAACCAAAGUUCCAAAAUGUUUUUCUUUUUUUUACUCCACAGUUUUAAAAGUGCAUUUAAGAAUUUGCAUGAUUUCAGGAUGAAGUGUCACCACUGAAAGUUGUUAAAUGCACAAGAAGGAAGGUUCAGUGCCUGGAGAUGCCUCUCUGAAAGGCAUUUCGCAGAGGCUCUGUGUGUCUCAAUUUUUGUUUCCUUGAUUUCCUUUUGUUUUUUUAACAGAUCUGUCCCUGCGGGUGGUGUCUAAGAAGUCAGACACCUCGGUUUUUGUGUUAGAUUAAGCUGGGCAGCUGCAAUCAGCUUCUUUAUGCAAAUUUGGAACGGCCCAUCUAGGGCUCCUGGUUGGUGGGGAAUGAUGUGAAGGGAGGGAGAGGUGGGCCCUAAAAGUAGGCCCCUCCUAUUGGCCUUGGCCGGGCAACACACUUAACAUCGUUUACAUGGUUCUGUGUAAUUAUAAAGUUUAUGUGUAUAAA